UUUAGCUUUUUAUUUCAAAAUCCAACAUUACAGUAACUGUCUUCCUCACGACACCAACCAAACUAACCCCACUUUCUAUCCUUUCCUUUCCCCUUCAUAAAAACAAACACCCAACAAAAGCAUCCAAUCCACACACACCACAGUCCCAUCCCAUGGCCAUAGCCAUGCCUGAGUCGUCUUCUUCUUCUUCUUCUUCCACAACCAAACGCCAAAAACAAGAACAACAUAUUCAUCAACAAGAAGAACAACCUUUGAUCCCAGGUCUCCCUGACCACAUAGCCCAAUUAUGUCUCUCAUCCAUCAACCCUUGUUUGUUAUUCUCAAUCUCCCACUCUUGGCGCCGUCUCAUAUACUCCCCUUCUUUCCCUCCCUUUUUUUCUCUCUACGCCAUUCUCUCCCACUCCCACUCUUCCGCCGUCAUCCAGUUCCACACCUUCGAUCCCAUCUCCGCCACGUGGCUCCCCCUCCCUCCCCACCCACCCCUCCACCACCUUCUCCUCCGCCGCCACCCCUCCUUCCUCUCCCGCAACCUCUCCGUCCAGUCCGUCUCCGCCGCUAACCGCCUCGUCCUCCUCGCCGCCACCACCCACAACCUCUCCCCGGCCCUCCCCCGCCCCUUGAUCUUCCACCCCCUCACCAAAACCUGGUCCUUUGGCCCCACCCUCUCCACCCCCCGCCGCUGGUGCGCCCUCGGCUCCCUCGGCCCCACCGUCUACGUCGCCAGCGGCAUCGGCUCCCACUUCUCCAUCCACGUCGCGCGCUCCCUCCAAAAGUGGAACCUCCAAAACCCUAACGCCGUUUGGGAAAAGAAAACGGAGCUCAAGGACGGGAGGUUCAGCAGAGAAGCCAUCGACGCCGUGGGGUGGAAGCAGAAACUCUGCAUGGUCAACGUCAAGGGCGACGCCGCGAAAGAAGGGGUUGUGUAUGACGUGGCGGAGGAUGCUUGGAAGGAGAUGCCGGAGGGGAUGUUACACGGUUGGAGAGGACCCGUUGCGGCCAUGGAAGAGGAAGUGAUGUACGUUGUGGACGAAGCGAAAGGUGUUCUCAGAAGAUACGUGGAAGAAGAAGACUCGUGGGAAGAGAUUCUCGAGAACGAGAGACUCAAAGGAGCUGAAAAAAUUGUUGCUUGGAGAGGGAAGUUGUGCGUCGUUUCGGCUUCUUCCGGGAUCUCCGUCGUCGAUGUCGCUGCGCCGUCGCCGCGGAUUUGGUCGGUUCGGCUGCCGGAAGGGUUCGAGCCGGUGACUGUUCACAUCUUGCCCCGGAUACCGGCCGGUGUAUGACUGUCUGGGAUACUAAUCUUACCUUACUCAAUUUUACCUUACUCAAAUAUCAUGGUGAAGAAGUAUUAUCAUCAAUCAUAUUCUAACCCUAAAUUACAUGUUUAAGACAUUUGAAAUUGAAUCCAAUACUCGAAUUAAUUAUUUA